AUGAACUCUCACCCCGCAGGAGAAGCGGCAGUGUCCAAACGCAGCUGCCUCCGCUGUAGCCAGCGAAAGGUGCGGUGCGACCGGGCCCACCCAUGCGCACGAUGCGUCCAAGCCAGUGUUGAAAAUGAAUGCUCCUACCCCGGAUCUGCCAAAAGAGGUCCGCGGAUACUGAGGCGGCCCCCCAUUUCUGUUGUUAUGACGCGGCUUAAGGAGUUGGAGGAUGAGGUGGCGCGGCUCCGGGGGGAUGGGGAAGAGGCUGGGAGCGAACAGGGGCAUGAACAUUUUAGCAUCAACGCACAAGGGAAACCUGGGCAUUGGGAUAGACUAGGUGCUCGAUUCGGAAAUGGUCGCUAUGUUGGUGAUGAGGCGUCUGUUGUUCUGGGAGAUAAGAUACGUGAGCUGCGAGACGCCUAUGACCCGCUGGUGGAAGAAGAGAGUAUGGAGUCUGUCCCAACUGUUGAUAGUGAUGAUGGCUAUCUCUUCGCAUCGUUGGAGUUGUUACAGCCUGGACGGAUCAAAAUGUUCUGGUCUAUUUACAAAGAAAAUGUUGCACCCAUGAUAGCGAUGCUACACAAGCCCUCCAUUGACGCCCUUAUUAAUGAGUUCUGCACAAACCCUGAACUCAUUCCCGAUCCGGCUCCCAGGGCUCUUAUCCUAGCCAUUUGCUUUGCAGCCGUAGUCAGUGCAACAGACGACGAUUGUCUCUCCAUCACCGGCCAGACGUACGAUUCCUGUGUUCAGGAAUACCGACUCGCCACGGAGCAGGUAUUGACAAGGGACAACCUCAUCAGCAGCCAAGAUAUCCGCAUACUGCAGGCCGCAGUUUUGUUCCUGCUAUGUUUGCGCUGCAAUGGUGACUCCAGAGUGGCAUGGGCCGAAGCCGCGAUUGUAGUCCGCGUUGCGCAAAAGCAAGGGAUACAUCGCGAUGGCCAAUGUCUCGGACUGAGCACUUUUGAUACUGAAAUGCGGCGCCGUCUAUGGUGGCACCUUUGCAUUCUCGACAUGCUCUGUUCCGAAGACCAAGGGACCGAAACCCAGAUCGUGCCCGCCAUGUUUGAUACCCAGAUCCCGGUGAACAUUGACAGCGACGAGCUCACAGUAGAUAUGGAUGAACUACCAUCACCUCCUAACCUAGGCUUCACUGAUAUCACGCUGUGCAUCAUCCAUUGCGAAAUGAUGACAAACCUAUACUGGGUCGGUUCAUCUUUUAGCAGCGAUCGACAGGCGCCAAAUAUAAACGACCGAGCAGAUCUCCUAUCAACACUAGCCGACCGUCUUGAGAAACAGUAUCUCGACAGAUUAAAUGUAAACAUCCCAAUACAGUGGAUAACCGCCGUCAUUACACGACUCACCCUAACAAAGGCAUGCCUUGUUAUCCGUCUCCAGGCCUCGCGAGACAACACCAACACGAACACGAACAAGGAUGAGAUAUUCUACAUGGCCGUUGAAACGCUAAAGUUCGCCAGCCUGCUACAAAGCAACGAGCCAACAGCGCAGUGGGCCUGGCUCUGCAACACGUAUAAGCACCAGCAUGUCCUCGCCUUUGCCCUCUCUGAACUCUGCGUGCGACCUGCCUCGCCUGAGAUAGACCAUGCCUGGGAUGUGGUGACGCAGUUUUAUAACAUGUCGCUAAAUGGGCGUCACCCGACGAAUAGUAUGCUGCGAAGACCACUGUCGCGAUUGAUGGAGCGAGCUAGCAUGGUGAGGAAUGGAAGCGGCGGGGCGGAACCAGCCAUGAGGGUGGAUGUUGAGCCUGAACUGUCUUAUUCGGCUGAGGACUGGCUCAGGGUUCUAUAA